GGCCAGCCCAGGAAAGCGCAGAGCUUGCCCGAGGACAGCGGCACCAGACACCGGCGAGAAGGCAGAGUAUCUCCGGCUGGUGCAGCGAGGGGCUCCCUCCCCAUUGAGUUGGUGCUGACUCCAAUACCCCAGCACAGCACAAGGGAGUGUUGUGCUGCAGGAGGUGCUGUAUCUCAGCAGAGACUUACUGUAGAGCUCCCCCAGCACUGGCCCCAAGAGAAGGGGUGUUAGCCCAGCCAGCAGGCUGAGGAGGGUGGCUAGGAUGGGGCUCCCGGCCCUAGCCGUGGCCACCCUGCUGGGGCUGGUGGCGGCCACGCUGGCUGAAGUGGCCGAGAACAAGACCCGGCUGUGCCAGCCGGCUCCGCGGUGGGAGAUCAACGGGACGGCCCCGAUGGCAGGGGCGCUGGGGCGCGUGACGGUGGUGGCGCUGCUGAAGGCCAGCUGACAGUUCUGUCUGAAGCAAGCCAACAGUCUCGGGGGCUUGCGUGAGAAGCUGUCCCAGGACGGGCUGGCCGACAUCAGCUACAUGAUCGUGAACGAGAAGGCGCCGCUCUCCAGGGCCAUGUUCUGGGAGCUGAAGCGCUGGGCCCCGGAGGGGGUCCCCGUUUACCAGCAGGAGAUCUUGGAGCCGGACGUCUGGCAGAUCCUGGACGGGGACAAGGACGACUUCCUCAUCUACGACCGGUGCGGCCGGCUGGCUUUCCACAUCCCAUUACCCUACAGCUUCCUGCACUUCCGCUACGUGGAGUCAGCCGUGCGUUUCACCUACGCUAAGGACGUCUGUGGCAACUGCUCCCUCUACUCCAACAGCACCCGGGAGGCAAACAGCACGGCAGAGGGACCCGAGAGUCUCACCCAAGCUCCUGAACUGGAAGAGAAAGAACAGGAGCUGUCCCCCCACAAAAGCAAAGCCCACCACCAUCACCACCACAGAGCCGGCAGCAACCACAAUCCCCAGGCCUCCUCCCACACCCACAGCCGCCACGGAGACCACCACCGGAGGCAGCAGCCGGAGGUGCCAGCACAUGAGGAGGAAGGGGAUGUGGCAUAAAGGGGGUGCCCUGGGGGGCUCGGUGAGGUGACCCCCGUGCUGUGGAAAUGCCACGAGCUCACAGCAUGGCCGGAUGGCCGGGCUCAUUCACCAGUGUGGGACUCUGUCUCCCAGCACCUCCCAGGCGCAGCUACCCCACCUACACAGCGCUCCCUGGUGGUGGAGAAAGGUAUAGCGCCGCCCAAACGAAACCUCUUUGAAAGUGCCACUGCGAACGCAGCACGAGCCCCUUUGGCACCAGACACGGCCCUGCUAGGCCCCCCACCCCCAAGGCCCAGCCCCUCUUUUCCACGACCUUCCCUCUGCACCGCAGCUGCCCCGGGGAAGAUCCCCCCACCCUGCCCCAGACACAUGGAGUCGCCGCAGUCUCCCACCUUGGGGCCGAUUCUGACCCCUUCCUCCCCGGCUCCCACCUGUCCGUGCUCAAUGAAGCCCGUGGCGCAAACCGGGCUCCCCGGUCACCACGGGCCGAUGCUGCACAGAAAAGCGUGUCAGGGGAGCGGGGAUCAGAACCGGCCUCUGCCGGGGGCAAGGGGCUGCGGGCAAAGUGCUGAGGUUGGCGGGGGGGGAGUGGGGGCUCUGGUCCUAUAACCCCGAGCCCCUGUCCCAUCCCCCCACCUGGCUGCUGCUGCCUACACUGCUCCUGGGAAGGCAGCCGCUGGGGGACGGCCUGGGGCAGGUUGGCUGUGAGGCUGGGGCACUUAAUGACCCUAUAUUAAUGACACUUAAUGGGGUAGUGGCCAUACCCGCCAGCCCCCCUGCCCCUCCCCCAAGCUCUCCCAGCCCCAUAGAUCUGCUGACCCUAUUUUUCUCCCCACACGUCCCGUCCCCCCAGCUUUGCCCAGUCUGAAGGGGCAGGUGUCAUCUAUCCUCCCCCCACACAUGCAUCGGUGCCACAAGCCCUUGCCCCUCACAAACCCAUCAGCCAGGGCGGCGUCCGGGGCGGCUCAGCUCCCCGAGCCAGGGGAGCCGUCCCAUGGGCCCCAAUGGGUGGGGAGAGGGGGUGUGAUGGGGCGGCUGGGGAGGGGGUAAAGAGCCCUCGUGCGGAACAACCGUGCAAAUAAACCUCUCUGGCGUGAACCGGGCCCACCC